AUGGAGCUUUAUUUCUUUGCUAUGGAGAUUGACGAAGGGUCGCGGCGUGUUCUUCUGUUUCAGCUUCAGUUCAACAAACCGCUGGCUUCUCAGGUUCGGGUCCCGGCCUUCUUUUGCGACCUAAUGGGUGAAGAUGGCGGAGUGGAAUCCGUAGAAGGAUUUGCUGGCCAUGGUCACGGAGGACUCGAAAGUGGUGCUUCAUCGUUCCAAUUGGCUGAGGCUAUGGACAAUCUCUCCUGUUGCAAUAAUCUAAUUGAAGUUCGAGGUCUUGAUAAAUUGAUAUACUUGGAAAGCUUGAAUAUCAAGUAUUGCAAUUCGAUUGAACAGUUGGACUUUCCAUUGUCCGAGGGACUGGAGAUAUUGGAUGUUCAAGGUUGCGAUAACUUAGUCGAAAUUCGAGGUCUCGAUAGGUUGGAGUUCUUGGAAAACCUGAAUAUAGCUUGUUGCACUUUAAUUGAAAGACUGCUUCUUCCAAAAUCCGGGAGUUUGAAGAUAUUGGAUGCUGAAUUGUGCAUGAACUUAAACGAAAUUCAAGGCCUCGAUUGGUUGGAGUUUUUGGAAAAGCUAAAUGUUAGUUGGUGCACUUCAAUUGAAAAGCUGCACCUUUCAAAAUUUGAGCAUUUGAAGAUAUUAAAUGGUCAACAUUGCGAAAUAUUAGUUGAAAUUCAAGGUCUCAAUAGGCUGGAGUUCUUGAAAGAGUUGAAUAUCUCCGAGUGCCCUUCAAUUGAAAGGCUAGACCUUCCAAAAUCCGGGAGUCUGCAGCAAUUAGAUGUUUCUGAUUGCAAAAGCUUAAUCGAAAUUGAAGGCCUCGAUAGGCUGGAGUUCUUGAAAGAGCUGAGUAUCUCCAAGUGCCCUUCAAUUGAAAGGCUAUGCCUUCCGAAAUCUGGGAGUCUGAAGCAAUUAGAUGUUUUAAAUUGCGAAAGCUUAAUAGAAAUUCAAGGCCUCGAUAGGAUGGAGUUCUUGGAAAUGUUGGAUCUCUCUUGGUGCGCUUCAAUUGAAUGUUUACCAAUUUUAUGUUGCUUUGACACCUUGAGAAGGUUGACGAUCAACGGCUGUGACAAGCUUCAGGAUAUGCAGAGCCUAGAGAGGUUCCCAUCCUGCGAAAGUUUAUGGAUUGAAGAUUACAAGGCCUUAGCAGAAUUACCAAACUUGUCAAGUUUUCAUAAUUACAAAAAUUGUUCCAGUCGAACUGUCAUGAACUUCAGGAGAUUUCGGGGCUUGAAGAGUCAAUAUCUCUAAAAUUUAUUGCUAUCUCAAGAUGUUACUCAAUUGAGAUCUUACCCGAUUUGUCAUCUUGUACCCGUUUGAUCAGUCUGAUUGUGCAAAAUUGCAAGCAAUUGACUGAGCUUCGAGGGCUCGAGAAAUGGGAGCAACUAGUGGAAUUGGACAUUUCUGGAUGUAAGUCACUCAAAAUGAUUCCGGAAUUAUCUGGAAUGAGGCUUUAUCAAAAUAACGAGAAAAUGCCA